AUGGAAGAAUUAGCUUUGACUCUAUGGAAUUUGUGGAAAAGAAGAAAUGAAAAGGUGUUCAACAAUGUUAUGAUUGAUCCUAAAUCAGUUCAACAGAUGCAACUUGAUCUUACAGUAAUAGAAGCCAACACAGAGAAUCAACGUCACAGCAGAAGUUCAUUGAGGACUCAAACAUGGGAAACACCCCCUUCAGGUUUUUGCAAAGUGAAUUGGGAUGUGGCAGUGGACAAAACGCAUUUUAAGAUUGGUAUUGGCAUUUCAGUUAGAGAUGAGGAAGGUAAUUACUUAGCCACCAUGAGAAAGAAUCAGCUCCUUAAUCCAGAUCCUUUAAUGGCUGAAGCAGUAGGUGCAUUGACAGCAGCUACUUUUGCUCUGGAAUUGGAUAUGAAUAAGAUCAUAUUGGAAGGAGAUUCAGAGUUAGUAAUAGCAAGGAUCCAGAAGCAAACACAAGAUCAAAGCUAUUUUGGGAUGAUCACGUCUGACAUUAGAUCUACUAUUAGUCUGUUUGAGGUAUGUAUCACUAAGCAUGUUAAUAGAGAGUGUAAUGUAAUAGCUCACAAUCUUGCUAAAAAUGCUCUUCUUGAUUACAUAGUGAAUUUAGAGGAAACUCCCCACUGUGUGAGUAAUAUGUACUAG